GACUUUAUGACUUGUACCAACCUCUCUAUAGUCCCGAACUUGUCGCCUGAGACAAGCACAAACAGAAGCCCUUGACGAGAAAAACAUAGCAUGUCCACAACCCGCUGUUUACUGCCACGCUACACCGCAUGACCAACCCCUCUGCCACAUGACAGCCUGAGGAGUCGUCAACACUCAGCAUCCCCGCAACGAUUUCAUCUUCCUCCAAAGAAACAACAUAGCAGUAAAACACUCCUCGUCAAAGUCCACAAUCAUGGCAGAGCCUACAUCGCUGCCCUUCCGAGCUGGCCACUCGCUGGGCUUCAUGGUCAUCGGUGCUUCCCUCUUCGACGUCUUGACCAAGCUCAAAAACGAUACACGAACUUUCCCCAAAGUCGACCUUACCUUCUCGUCCGAAACGCCUCUCAAGACAACAAUCAUCGUCAACCUUCCCAGAAAUGGCUUUAGACUCCGCUUCGACGCUCCAGACCAGCGCCUGCGCCUAAUCGAGAUCGUUGACUUCACCCGUAUGCCUUUCACCUUCAAGGGUGGAGAUCUCGUGCCUGCUCAGGCCUUGCCAAAUGGCCAAAGCUACCUGACUUAUAAGAAAGUCUAUCAGCUGUUCGGUCCCACAUAUCCUGGCGAGUUCAUCCCUCUAAAAGAUGGCUCAAAUACAGGCCUCUAUGUUCUAUCCUGGCCUGGUGUAUCUGUCACCUUUCCCAUACCAGUCGCUGCUUUCACCCCGAACAAGGACUAUGCUGCCAUGCUCACCGCUUCGGCAUACCCUGCCACUGCCAUGGCCAUCUAUGAGGGAAGAUUCUGGCCAGAGAUUCGCAAAGACCUCUUUACAUAUUCUCCAAUGACCCCGAGAAGCUCCUCGUUGAUUGGACGCCCUAAGGAAGGCCCCGCAGAUGAGGUCGAGCAUGUCAACGUCUACGGUGCUGGAAGGGUCGAGCUAUUGCGCCGUUCAAGUUCAAAGACUCUCAUCUUGCUGAGCCAGACCACUCCCCAAGAUCUGAUUACUGAAUUGGGCCCACCGGAUGCUAUCAUGCCACGUUCCCGUCUGAGCGAUGAUCUGCCACAGAAGAACAUCAACAACAACCGUGGUCGUCCGCAGGCACAGCGUGGAUCAUAUGGUUCAACUCCCUCCAGCUACUCGUCUACCAACACCGAUACCUACGAGACUGACUUUGAUGAAGACGAAGAGACGAAUGGCGCAGAGGCUAGCCGGGCCAACGAGCAGCAAUACUAUUGCUACUUUGAGCAUGGUUUCGACAUACUCCUCGGCCCGCCUACCGACAUAUCUCCCCUACCUAGAGGCUCUGAUGAGACACGAGAGGCUCCUCAGUCGAAUCUGACACCCAUCGAUGGACAUCUCACAGUCACCCAGAUCAUCUUCCAUGGCAACAUUCCAGGCUCUUAUCCGUUCAAUCGUCAUCGCAGAAGCAGAUGGUCGCUUAACUACAUACCUUACUGCGAGAAGCCCAUCACCUCCGAGUCGCUCUUCCCCUCAUUUCACCAGACACUCGUCAAGGGGUUCUCCCAUAUCUGGCCGGCUAAGGAUAUGUCGGAAGGCAUGGUCAUUGUACGAAGCUGGGGUGGUGAUACCGACAGUACGACAGGUUCUGCCAUUCUCAUCAACGGUGAGAUGGACAUGGACGAAGACAUUGAGUUUGUCAAUGGCAACGAGGGUUGGGAGCGAGAGAAGAAGGAAGAGAAUGGAGAUGAGCAGUGGUUGCAGAACACAAAGCUCUACAAGUUCCCUGGGCUGAUGUUUGAGGUCAUGCAUAACGGUGCUGUCAGCGCCUUGACGGUUUAUUAAUUUAGUUUAGGACGGCGUUGUUUUCCAGAGAUACCCAAUGGCAUGCAUAUUCAAAUCGUGAAUUACUUCAAGUGACCUUGGCUGAAGAAUCUUUAGAUAGACUGAGCAAAAAAAGAAUCUCGAGCUACC